AUGAAAUACCUGCACACCAUGGUCCGCGUGACCGACCUCGAAGCCUCCCUGAAGUUCUACCGCGACGCCCUCGGCCUGGAGGUCGUGCGCAUCCGCGAGGUGCCGCAAGGCCGCUUCACGCUGGCCUUCCUCGCCGCCCCCGGCGACCACAGCGCACAGAUCGAGCUCACGCACAACUGGGACCCCGAGACCUACACCGGCGGCCGCAACUUCGGCCACCUGGCCUAUCUGGUGGACGACAUCUACGCCACCUGCGAACGCCUGCAAUCCCACGGCGUGGCCAUCCUGCGGCCACCACGCGACGGCCACAUGGCCUUCGUGCGAUCGCCCGACAACAUCUCCAUCGAGUUGCUGCAAAAGGGCGACGCCCUGCCCCCGGCCCAGCCCUGGGUGGACAUGGCCAACAGCGGCAGUUGGUGA